CGGAAACCAACACCGAGGACAAUCCCGCUCGACCUCCGCCCAAGACACCAAUCGCCCUCGCCGAAAUACUCGUUCAAGGUCGUCUGCGACUCGAGAAUAUCCGUCUCCAUCGUCGUAACCACACCGAAACAAAGUGGGCAGGGAAUCCACAGGGCACAGCGACCCCACAUUAGCGAACGAGUCGAACGACCACACACAGCUUUCUAGGAGUCGAGAAGGAGCACACAUACAAUCAUGUCUCUAACGAAUUGCCGGUUCUAUGAGGAGAAGUACCCGGAGGUGGAGAGCUUCGUCAUGGUGAACGUGAAGCAGAUUGCAGAGAUGGGCGCAUAUGUCAAGCUGUUGGAAUAUGACAACAUCGACGGCAUGAUCCUCCUCUCCGAGUUGUCGCGAAGACGUAUCCGCUCCAUCCAAAAGCUCAUUCGCGUUGGCCGCAACGAAGUCGUCGUCGUGCUGCGUGUGGACAAGGACAAGGGCUACAUCGAUCUGUCCAAGCGCCGAGUGUCUCCCGAGGAUAUUGUCAAGUGUGAGGAGCGCUACAAUAAGUCAAAGAUGGUACAUAGCAUUAUGCGCCACGUUGCCGAGAAGACGCAAACACCUAUCGAGGACAUCUACCAGGACAUUGCAUGGCCCCUGAACAAGAAGUACGGACACUCCAUCGACGCAUUCAAGCUCAGCAUCACCAAUCCAGAGGUGUGGAAAGAUGUCACCUUCCCGAACGAUGUUGUCAGGGACGAAUUGCAAAGCUAUAUCGGCAAGCGGUUGACACCGCAGCCCACCAAGGUGCGGUCGGACAUUGAGGUCACCUGCUUCGGAUAUGAGGGUAUCGAUGCCGUCAAGACGGCCCUGCGAUGCGCCGAGGCGAAGAACACGCCCGAUAACCAGGUCAAGGUCAAACUCGUGUCGCCUCCUCUCUACGUCCUCACCUCUCAAUGUCUCGACAAGAGCGCCGGCAUCGCGUGCCUCGAACAGGCCAUCAUCGACAUCAAGGAGAACAUCUCCAAGGCGGGAGGCGAUUGCCAGGUCAAGAUGGCGCCAAAGGCCGUCACCGAGAACGACGACGCUGAGCUCGCGGCGCUCAUGGAGAAGCGCGAGCGUGAGAACCAGGAAGUUAGUGGUGAUGAGGAUGAGAGCACGAGCGACGAGGGUGGCGUUGCGGAGGCCGACUAAGCGUUAAUUCUGGACGACAAGACGUGCCGAUUUGUGCGCAUGAAUGAUCAUGACGGGACAUGAAAGAAAAGCGGACGUAUGGCGUUAAAGGCUCGAUUCGAGCUGCAUACUUGGGCAUGUACAGCAUCUUCCAUUUGACGGACUUUUCUAGCUUGGGUUGUUGUAGAGUGUCGCUUCGAGAAAUGAAUACAAGUAAACAUCUUCAACUUUCCACCUAG